UGAUUAAAUAUUGUUUAACGUCUCUCUCGAGAAUAUUUCACUCAUAUGGAGAGGUCACCACUGCCAGUGAAGGGCUGCAAAAUUUAGGCCUAUGCUCGGCACUUAUAGCCAUUGAGCAGGGAGGGAUCUUUAUCUUGCCACACCUACUGUGACACGGGACCUGGUUUUUUGUGGUCUCAUCCGAAGGACUGCCCCAUUUAGUCACCUCUUAUGACAAGCAAGGGGUAUUGAGGACCUAUUCUAACCCGGAUCCCCACGGGAUACCCCGAGAAAAUUUUUGAAAUAUUAGGACUCGUUUGCACUAGAUUAUAUAUCCGAUUUUAAAUACUAGAAAUAUAUAUGUUUAUUUUGCAGACAUUUAUGGACAAAAAUGUGUUUCGAAAAUAAAGGAAAAAAUGUGUAGGUACGUGCCUACUUGAGCCUUAAUGAAGCUACACCCCUAUAUGUUGACAUACUGCAUCCUUUUACUCAAGAAGUCCCUGAUCCAUAACCAGGCAUCCCUAAACUCCAUAAGAAUCCAUCUUGUGUAACAGAUGGUGGUGAGGUACCUUAUCAAAUUAACACUUUGCAGGAGUUAUGUAGAAUGGUAUCCACAUGUUCUCCAUGACUGAGCAAUGCUGUUGUUUGUCCUUGAGUAUCUCCAUCUAAAUCUGACUGUGUAUCUCAUGUUCCAAGACCUUGCAUGAUACCGUUGUAAGGGAGGCAGGGCAAUAAUUGGAUGCCUGGUGCUGAUCGCUUUUUUUUAAAGAUAUAGGAACUCGGGCAGCCUCUCUCCAGUCAUCUAAGAUUGCUCAGUGACCUCUGAAAAAUGGCAGACAAGGUCAGGGCCAGUUAAUCAGUGAAGUCAUGUAGGCCUGGGCCUGUUACCUUAAGGAUGUUAAGACCCUGCAUUAGUGUUCAACACCUUUGGUAUUGACUGUGAUUUUUGCCAUAGAUUGGUGUGGACUUGUACGUUUGGGUAGAAUGUUGUCAGUGUCCUCUCUUGUGGGUCUAUUUCACUAGAGUCCUGUUUCAUGUGUUUCACAGAUGACCAGAAUCUCUUGGAGUUGUCUUUAUGUCCCCUGUGAUGAUAUUCUUAUCCUGUUCUUGUCUGAUCUCUCUCUCUCUCUCGAUCUCUCUCUCUCUGACUGUGGUUUCAGUUUCUUAUAUCUCCUUGUCAGUCCCUUUUGUUGUCAGUUGAUUAAUAGCUGUCCUGUGUGCUCUGAAUUCUUCAGCUUAUUUGUCUGUUAAUCCAAGGAUGUCGAUGUUAGUUUUUACCGUAUGUGUUCAUCCAUGAUUUUCUCAACAGAGCAUCUGACUUUUCUGUUCCCUGUGAACUCUCUAAAAUCUACAAAAACAAAAUAACAUAAUUCAGAUACAUGUAUGGAAAAAGCGAGGACAGACAGAUGGGUAAUUGUGUAAUGCUACACUGAGAGAAAACCUUCAAAUGUGAUAAAACCUUACAAGAAAUCAUGCACACAAUAGUUGAAUACAUGUAGGAUACUAACAGUUAUUCUGUAUAUAUAUUUGCUGGAAGUCAUUUUGAUUUAUUCACCAAUCAUUAAGGGCCCUCGGGGGACAGUUACAAUUUUAGCAAUAACAUUCAUUAUAAAUACAAGAUACAAUAUACAUAUAUGUUAUGAGUUUGCCCAUUGACAUUUGUCUGAAAUUGGGAUAACACUGAAUGAAUUAUAUUUGCCGAACAGAUCGGCAGGGCAGUAAUGAUAAUAUAUGAUAACAGAUGUGAUGUAACCACUCCAAUAAAUACACAUCAUACAGCUGACACAGAGUGUACACCUCAGUACAAUUUUCAUAUCUCAUAAUCCACAUAUAUUUUUGAUAAUUGUUAUGCCUUGGGCCCUUCAAACAAAAAGGAGGGGCAUAUUGCUUUGCACCUGGGUGUCUGUCGGUCAGUCAGUUGUUAUGUCUGUCGGUAGACCACAUGUCCACUCAAUAUCUUGAGAACCAUUCACUUGAUUGUAAUGAUAUUUCAUAUGUGGGUUGGUUAUGAGUAGAAAAGGACCCCUAUUGAUUAAAAGGUCAAGGGUCAAUCCACUCUGGACAAAGGAAGAUACUGUCUGCUCAGUAUCUUGAGAACCCUUUGUUUUACAGACAUUAAACUAGGUACACUGAGUACACUGUGAAGAGUAGAUGACCCCUAUUGAUUUUGAGGUUGCUUGGUCAAGGGUCAAACUAGACAUAGGGAUAAACUGACCACUCAGUGUCUUGAGAACUCUGCUUGACAGAAGGAGUAGAUGACCCAUAUUGAAUUUGAGGUUAUAUGUUCCAAGGUCAAGGGUUAAACUGGACAUAGGAAGAUACUGUAUGCUCAAUAUCUUUAACCCUUUGCUUGACAGACAUCAAACUUCAUACUCUGGUACAUCCUAAGGAAUAAAUGACCUCUAUUGUAUUUGCAGUCACAAGGUCAAGGGUCAAACUGGACAUAGAAAUAUACUGUCCUUUCAAUAUCUUGAGAACCCUUUGCUUGAUAGACAUCAGACUUGGUACUCUGGUAUAUCCUAAGGAGUAGAUGACCCCUAUUGAUUUUGAGGUCCCAUGGUCAAAGGCCAAGGGUCAACCCACUCUGGAUGAGGAAGAUAUCGUCUGCUCAAUAUCUUGAAAUUGGUUUGGCACUACUAUCAAUUAAAUGAUGCAUGUGUAUAGCCCUUUUCAAUUUUACACAUCGAGGGGCAUAUAUGAAUGUUUUACAAACAUUUCUUGUUUAGAUUGCAAAAAACUUUCUUGUUUCAUCACAGUCACACACACACACACACACACACACAUGUAUGUAUAUGUCUUUGAUGCAAUUGUUUGUCUCUAUUUAUACACCUGUCAAAGACGGGAUGUAUUGUGGUAUAGCGUCGUCUUUCUGUCUGGACCUAAUGUAUGCAAAAUGAACUGUAAUCUCUAGGAUCGUACAUCUUGGUGCAUUUCAUCACCAUGAUGAGAGGAAGAUGCCUAUUGUUUUUCAAGGUCAAAGUUGUAUCAGUUAAUGGAAAAACCUUGUAGGCAGAAUACAGACUCAACUAUUGGAGCUAGAAUCUUACAGCUUGGUAAAUUUAAUCACCAUGAUGAGAAGAAGAUGCCUAUUGUUUUUCAAGGUCAAAGGUCAUGGCCAUAGUAUCAAUUAAUAGGAAAACCUUGUAGGCAGAAUACAGACUCAACUAUUGGAACUUAGGAUCUUACAACUUGGUACAUUUAAUCACCAUGAUGAGAAGAAGAUGCCUAUUGUUUUUCAAGGUCAUAUCAGUUGAUAGGAAAACCUUGUGAGCAGAAUACAGACUGAACUAUUGGUGCUUAGAUCUUACAGCUUGGUACAUUUAAUCACCAAGAUGAGAGGAAAAUGCCUAAUGUUUUUCAAGGUCAAAAGUCAAGAACAACCAUCGGAACAGCUCUUGCAGAGAAGCUUGGACUGCCAUUUAGAGAUGCGGAUGAGUUCCAUUCAAUGGAAAACAAAAAGAAAAUGUCACAAGGAAUCGCACUGACUGACCAGGAUAGACGUCCUUGGUUACUAGCCAUAUACAAGUACAUGAGGAGGCUAUCUAAGGAGGGAAACUCUGGUGUGGUCACCUGCUCAGCCCUGAGGAAAUCAUACAGAGACAUUUUGGUAAAUGGGUGCAUAUCCGAAGAAAGGGAACCAAUACCAGAGAUUGUGUUUGUUCUGCUGCAUGGUAGUCGUGCAGUACUACAGAACAGACUGGACAGUCGCAGCGGUCACUUCAUGCCAACCUCUCUACUGGACUCUCAGCUAGCUACUCUGGAAAUUCCAACCAGUGAUGAAAAAUGUGUGCAAGUGGAUAUUAGCAUGUCUCCAGAUAAAGUGAUGGACCAAAUUAUCGAGAGAACUAGGACAAUUGCUAUUAAAUCAUAAUUAAUUUUC